GUUUAGGUGCUAGUGAGUAGGAGUAGAGAAGAUGGCUUCCCAAGUGUGUCAGAACUACCACAAGGACUGUGAGGAUGCUGUUAACAAGCAGAUCAAUCUAGAGCUUUAUUCCUCUUAUGUUUACUUCACCAUGUUCUCUUUCUUUGACCGGGAUGAUGUUGCCCUGCGUCACUUUGCUGAGUUCUUCAAGGAGCAGUCCCAUGAGGAACAGGAACACGCUGAGAAACUGAUGGCGUUCCAGAAUAAACGUGGAGGCAGGGUCCUCCUGCAGGACGUCAAAAAGCCAGAGCAGGAUGAGUGGGGCAAUGGUCUGGAGGCAAUGCAGAGAGCUCUGCAGAUGGAGAAGGAUGUGAACCAGAGUCUGCUGGAUCUGCACAAACUUGCCUCUGGCAACACGGACCCUCAUCUGUGUGACUUCCUGGAGAGGUACUACUUGGAUGAGCAAGUGAAGAUGAUCAAGAAGCUGGGAGAUCACAUCACCAGCCUGAAGAGACUGGGAGCCCCUGAGAAUGGCAUGGGAGAGUACCUGUUUGACAGGCUCACGCUGGGAGAGAGUGACUAAAUUUAUUCUUGAUCAUGUACAAUAUCACCUUGACUGAGUUGUGUAUUGUGUUGGACAUAAAUUGGGGACAUCAUUUUAUUUCAUUCUGAAAAGAAGUUACAUUUAGAAAUGCCUUAAUCUGUCUCCCUGUGCAAGUAUUCAAUAGGUGUUCAAACUUUGAUUACACUGCAGUAAUGGUUUUAAUUUCUAGUGGCUCAUAAUCUGAGUGCAGUGUAGGAAAUGGAUCUCUAAGAACUGUAACAUAUUUGCUCCCUUUCAAAUUAACUUGCUCCACAAACUGAAAUCUAUUUCUUUCAAAUUCUCUAAACCACUUUCUUGCCCUGCCUUCAGUUUUGAAUAAAACAGCAAUGCUGCUGGUCUCUCUCCAACAAGAGGAUCCUCGCUCCCUCCAGUGGGGAAAAUGUUCAGAUGUGCUUGUAUACACUGGCAACAUUUUAUGUUGCCAGAACAAUCCAAGUUCAGUCUUAAGCUUUACACAAGCAGGAUUGGCAGGAGACCACUUUUGUGAAUUCAAAUUCUUCCCCCCUCCCAAGAAAGAACCAGAUCCUAAUUUCUGGGUCUAACUGAAGAUCUAGAGUCCUCUAUCUGCAUCUGCUUCACUGUCUCUCCUGUUUCCCAAGAAGAAUUAUUGCUCCCAAACUAAAGCAGAAGAACCUUUUUUCUCUACUUUAAUUUUAGAGACCAUUCAAGUAAUCAUCCACCAUAGUAAUGGUGCAAAGUAUUUGAGGAUGUCUUUACUCAAAUACCCUCUCUAAAUUAUUUGUGUAGAUGGCCAUUUGGCCCAUUGUGCCUAUGCUAGUAUCUUGUCAAUCUUCAAUUCUCAUGUUGCUGUUUUGUGGGAGCCUCUGAACAAACUGUUUCUGAUAUUGCAACCUGAAGAAGGUUAUUAGUGCCUUGCAUACUAGGCUGUACUAUGUAAAUACAGUAAUCUUUACAAUUGUCUUCCUGACUUGGCUAACAGCCAUUCAUUUCUUAAAUGAACAGUCACACAAGGGCCAGGGUGUCCUCAAGAGGUCUGCUUAUAAGAAUUAUGGGGUCCUACUAGGAAAAAGUGGCAGAACUAAGCAGUUACUUAUUUUCCUUUGUGUGAAUAACAGCACCUGUGGAGGGGAAAGCAGUUAAUGUUUUGGGUUGUGAUCCUUCCUCUGAGCUGCUGGUAGCUAGGAACAUGUUGGUUUACAUGCAGAAGAUGGGGUGGGGGAGUGGGUAAGGGGUAAAUAUUAGGUGGUGAUAGACCGCCAAAGACAGAACAAUUGAAGGAGUGGCUAACAAUCUGGCUAGGAAGGUGAAUGGUUAUUAAUGGGGACUGUUGGCUGCAAACAAUGGAUGGUGUGUAAUAGACUUAAGUCCUGGUGUGUGGGGGUUGGGGUUGGAACAUGAGAGCUCAAGCCCUAAAUUUGGUGAACCUUUGCAAACAAGUGUAGGGGAUUUGGAUUA